AUGUUACCGCCGACUAUCAUUCAACUAUUGCUGCUACAAUCAUGCGCUGCUGCAUUGACGACCGCUGCCUCAUUACACCCAUCCUCUCGUUCUGGCGCAUGUUCUGUACAACACCGUGGCUGUUUAAGCCCUGAAGACCCACAGCCAGGACGCGAAUCAAACCGUCUUGGGAUAUGGAGCAUCUCGAAAGGUAGGAGAGAUGGUGAUUCCGGAGGCAAAGGAGACAGAACAGACGGAAGGGGAGAUCAGGGAGGGAAUCAGAGAGACAGUAAGGGAGAAGAUCAAGGAGGCCAGGGAGAUAAUCAGAAGGAUGGUCACGGUGGUGGGCGCAAUGGUGAAAGGCCCCCUAACCGCGGCCCUCCCGAUCGUGGCCCGCCAGGUCGUGGGUUUCCUGAUCGAGGACAUGGGUGGAAUAAAAAAAAUGAUGAAGACCGUGGCCAACGCCCACCUAGCAAGGGCGAUGAUCACGGCCGCGAUAAUGAUGGUGGCCAUGGUAACGGAGAUAAACCAGGCCAAGCAGAUGGCCCUGGUCGUGGUAAUGGCGAUAAAGGCGACAGCAGCGGGGAUGAAAAUGGAGGAAAAGAUGGGGGAAAAGAUGGAGGCCAUGGUCCUCCAUCUCCGACCAAGAAUGACCCCCCUCCGUCCAUGCCAACUGAGCAACCGGAUCCGCCCAAGGGCCCUCCUCCAGACAAACCUCCAGCUGAAUCCAUGACUUCAAAGGAGCCUAACCCACCUCCGCCCCCUCAAGAUACCACGACAGCAGACCCUGUAACUCGCACGACUGAACCAGGAACCCCCCAGCCUACGAAGGGAAACCCUCCCUCAUCACCGCCUACGUCAUCUGAAUCAAACACAAUCGCGGAACCAACCGAGUCUCCUACUUCCACCAAAAACCCAAGCCCAACUUCUUCUACUGGGUCAUCAUCCGUGACUCCAUCCUCGGAACCUCCAAAAUCGUCUCAGGUGCCGGGACAAACUCUUCCGCCAGCAGGCCCUGAAGAAUCCUCUAAUGGCCCUCCUGCUCCAACAUCAUCUUCAUCUCCUCUGACUUCUUCCACAACUACUCCUGGUCCCCCCAAAUCAAAAGGUAGCAGCCUAAGCAAAGGCGGCGUAGCUGCAGGUGCAGUGUUUGGCGGGUUCGUCGUUGUCUCCCUAGUAUUUCUCACAUUCGUCUACUACAAACGAUGGAAACAUACUAGGGAGAACCAGAAUGACGAAGGUUCGAGCAGGCGGCAAUCUCCGUUCCCUCCAACCCCUCCCAUGGGCGAUGUACAGCAAACACAGACGGGCAUUGUCGACCACAGUGAGUCAAUGACAUACGAUCACAACAUGCACUCGUUUGGCGCUCUAUCAAGCCCUCCUCCUCAAGGAGAUGCAUAUUCUCAAUAUCCCCAGAAUAUGGAAGAAAAGGGGCUUGCCUACUCUUCAUACCCAACACAUCAAGAUGCCACUUAUAAGGCAUCUUUAGGCCAACCGGGUCAAAAUGAGUUGCGGAUCCCGCAAGGUGAUAUGAAUAAUACGAUGCAAUCUGCUUCACUCAUUGCCCCGAACGAGCACCAGCAUCAGUACAUCGCGUACUCCCCAGACUUGAUGGAGGAUGAAAAGACCGGGUUCCAUACAGUUGGUGCACCUGGGCUUGCACCAUUGCCAGAAUCGUCCAUGGAGAAUCUACACAGCCCCUCAGACGAAUACCGGCGGCCAAUUUCAAAGAGAUACAGUGCCAUCAACUCACAUCAGGUAGCACGAAACAGUCUCAGGCAAAUUACAAAUCGCAAUAGUGCUACGUACCCUGGAAGUUCACAAUAA